ACUAUCUUUAUUCCAACUCUGAUAGAACAAAGUCCACUUUAUAUGUGCACUAGUUUUACCUUUCAUUGUGAGGCUAGAUACGAUUUGAGAAAUGGAGAAGCUUGUUUCAAACUGGUACAACAAGCGAACCUUGCCCGAGAAUUACAUAUUCCCACCAGACGCAAGACCCGGGAAGCUUGCUACCGCUCCUUCGUGCGACAACAUUCCAGUGAUUGAUCUGGGCGGUGAUCAAACCUGUAUAAUUCAGCAAAUACUCAAGGCUAGCCACGAAUAUGGGUUUUUUCAGGUUAUCAACCAUGGAAUAUCAGAAAGCUUGUUGAAGGACACAAUGGGUGUGUUCAAGGAGUUCUUUGAGUUGCCUGCAGAGGACAAGGCAGCUGUCUACUCUGAGGACCCAAAAAAAAUAUGUAGACUCUUUACCAGCAGUGGAAAUUAUGAUUGGGAAGAUGUUCAUCUUUGGCGUGAUAACCUACGACACCCUUGUCUUCCUUUAGAGGAGAGCAUGAAGCAUUGGCCUCAACAGCCAAGUACUUAUCGAGAGCUUGUUGGGACAUGUUCCUCACAAGUGAGGAAACUGGCUCUGAACAUUUUGGAGCUAAUCAGUGAAGGACUUGGGCUUGGAACUGGGUAUUUUAGAGAUGAACUUUUGAAAAAUAUGUUACUCUUUGUUAAUCAUUACCCGCCUUGCUCAGACCCAAGUUUGACAUUAGGUGUAUCUAAGCACUGUGAUCCAAACCUCAUAACCAUUUUACAUCAAGAAGAACACGUAAAUGGACUUCAAGUUUUCAAAGACGGGGAAUGGAUUUGUGUGAAGCCUCUUUCUGAUGCACUUGUGAUUAACAUAGGCUAUCAGUUACAGAUAAUCAGUAAUGGGAAGCUGAAAAGUGCUGAACAUCGGGCAGUGACGAGUUCAAGUAAUGCCCGGACAUCUGCUGCAUUUUUCAUCACACCUUCAGACGAUUGCAUUGUAGAACCUGCUGGAGAUCUUAUUAAUGCAAGCAAUCCACAACUCUUUAGAUCCUUUCGAUACAAAGAGUUCAUUAUGAACUAUCUUACGAAGCAGGGCAAAACUGAAGUUGUACUAGAACCCUUUAAGCUCCAUGCUUAGUUAAUUAUGAAGCUGUGACUGGGGAAAACACAAAUUUAUUUGGGUGGCAAUGGUCUCAAAUUUAUUUGGGUGGAUUAAUAAAUAUUGUAAAAUUUGUUAAAUAGAGUACUUUUUAUUGGAAGUACUACAUAUGUACUAGUAUUUGUGU